AAUGUGCGUGUAGGGACCUCUAGUGUUUAAUACGUGACAAUACACCAGAGCACUGUGAGCAAACAAACUAUUUUAUGAUUAGGGAUACAUGUAGCCCAAUUUUUUUUUUUUAUAUACAAUUUAACAAUGAAUACGAGGAUGACCUUUUUCAAACAUCAAAUAUGGGCCGACAUGGCACAGAGUAAAUACCUUUUUCAAACAUCAAAUAUGGGCUAACAGCACAGUUAACAGAUUUUUAAAAACAAUGUUAAACUUCAAGAUCUUUUAUGUUGCAUGAUCACAGUCAUGGUAUAAUUUGAGGUUUUAAAUAUUAUUGGUCUACUUGACUGAUAUAACAAAUAUGGGAACAUUGAUUAUUUAAACAAAACAAAAACAUAUCCUGGCUAUAGAGGCUCCACCAGAUGCAUUGCAAAUGCUUUAAUCCUUUGAAAAUUGUUAAACAGACAGACUCCAGUGGCUUGAAGCUCUGCAUGCAGCAUGAAAAAAAUAUUACUAUAACAUCGUUAUAACUGUUCGUAAAAAUAUGACAUCAUUGUAACAAUAUGGAAACUUGACCAAACAUAUUGCUCGCUGCUGUGUUGCCUGCUGAAUGCAUAUCUCAGUGGUUAAAUGUAGCCUACAACUAGCUCCACCCUCGAUAAUUCAGGAUUCUUUCGUCUGCGGACUAGUCCUGUUACGAGCCUUUAGCAUCUGGAAUAGAACUUUCUCCGUUGUACCUUUUCAUGAAGAAAAAGAAGACAUUGUUCUUUGACUUUCACGCAUGCGAUUAGACUACAGAGAAUACAAGCGCAUGUUUUACAACUUGAAAUGUAUUUUCGGACGAUAUUCUACAGCCCAAUUGCAAAGGACUAAAACUAAAAAAGAGUUUGGUGCUGAAUACAAAGUGAUACGGUGGUCCGAUGGCUCGCUCGCAUGACUAAUUAAUAGUCUAUCAGGACUCGGUCGCGCGCUCCCCUGUUGUUUGUGUUAUGAACUAUGGCGUUUAAGGCAAGAGCCUUGUACGACUUUAGUUCGGAAAAUCUAGGAGAGAUAUCGAUUACUGAGAACGAAGUUGUUACUUUAUACAGCGAACAAGACAUAGAGGGAUGGCUAGAGGGAACAAACAGCAGAGGGGAUACUGGUCUUUUUCCAGCCUCAUACGUGGAGAUUCUCAGAAAUGAAUCAUCUGACAUCUCGUCCAACAAUAAUGGCAUGUCGGCGGAUCAAGGUCAACCCGACUCCCCAUCAAGUGGAUAUGAUUCAUCAUACUAUUCCCAGUCCCACUCUCGUGCUGAGAACAUUAAAGAUCCGACCCACUCCGCUUAUCCUUUGCAAACUCCCCAGCGCCAUGGUUACCAGACCAGUCAAGGUAGUGAUGAUGACUGGGAUGAUGACUGGGAUGACAGCUCUACUGUGGCGGCUGAGCCUGGAACUAAACAUGACAAUGAUAGAACUGGUUCCACAGCAUACACAGUGACUACUUCGUUGCCUGGGAGACGUGACAGUGCCCAAGCCAAAAGUUCAGCAACAAUAGGUAAAAACCUCAACAGGUUCUCAACCUUUGUGAAAUCUGGCGGAGAGGCUUUUGUAUUGGGCGAGGCGGCUGCCUUUGUCAAAGAUGGGGACAAGAUCUGUGUUGUCAUGGGGCAGUAUGGUCCAGAGUGGGAGGAAGACCCAUACCCGUUUGCCUGCUCCAUCGAUGACCCCACCAAACAGACAAAAUUCAAAGGCAUGAAGAGUUACAUGUCAUACAGACUGACUCCGUCCCACACCCAGAGCCAGGUGAAUAGAAGAUACAAGCACUUUGACUGGCUCUACGCUCGACUUGUGGAACGCUUCCCUGUCAUCUCAGUCCCCCAUCUGCCUGAGAAACAGGCCACUGGGCGCUUUGAGCAGGACUUUGUCUCCAAACGCAGAAAAGGUUUGAUAUGGUGGAUGAACCACAUGACGAGCCACCCUGUCCUGGCUAGAUGUGACGUCUUCCAACACUUCCUCACCUGCCCCAGCACAGACGAGAAGACGUGGAAGAUGGGCAAGAGAAAGGCAGAGAAGGAUGAGUUGACUGGCGCUAACUUCUUCCUAACCAUCUCCACCCCGGCUGUUCCACUGGACCUACAGGAGGUAGAGAACAAGGUCGAUGGGUUUAAAGCCUUUACCAAGAAGAUGGAUGACAACUGCCUAGUGGUGAAUGCCACCAUCAACGAGUUCGCCCGGAAGCAGAUCACCGGAUUUAAGAAAGAGUAUCAGAAAGUGGGUCAGUCUUUCAAACUGCUGGGCCAAGCCUUUGAGAUGGACCAGCAGUCCUAUUCUGUAGGACUGAACCGUGCCAUAGCAUUUACAGGAGAGGCCUACGAGGCUAUAGGAGACUACUUUGCUGAGCAGCCCAGACAGGAUUUGGACCCCAUAUCGGAUCUGCUGGACCUGUACAAGGGACACCUGGCCAACUAUCCUGAUAUCAUCCAUGUUCAGAAGGGUGCCCUUACCAAAGUGAAGGAGUGCCAGAAACAGGAGGGGGAGGGAUCAACCAUCAACGAGCGUUGUAACAUCAUUUCCUGCGCCACACUGGCUGAGAUCCAGCACUUUCACCGUACGCGCGUACGUGACUUCAAGAGCCAAAUGCAACAUCACCUCCAGCAGCAGAUCAGCUUCUUCCAGAAGAUCACUGGGAAGCUAGAAGAGGCACUGCAGAAGUACGACGAGGAUAUCAUAUAAGGGCCUGGAGAGAUGAGCAUGGAUACAGAGGGAUGAAGAGAGGAGGAGGGGGACUAAGGGAGAGAGAGGAGGGUGGAUACAGAGGGAUGAAGAGAGGAGGAGGGGGGACUA